GUUGAUUGAGGGCGACGAGGGUGACUGCCUGCUCUCUGCUUUUGGAGCUUGGCCCUUCCGUAAACAGAGCUCGGUUGCUUCCGGUCAGAUCGGGCAGGCAGGGACACGGGAGUGACAGCCGCUCCUUCCAGUUCCUACCAUGCGGGCAGCCGUCGUCUGGGCCCCCCGUCAGCCCGACGGCCGAAGCAGAAGAGGCUGCCUCCCAGUGCUCCCACACUGCUGUCUACUCGCACAAGGGCGCGCCGAACUGCUGAGCCGUGCCCGCAACACACCUCAUGUUCGCUUCGGCCUGCCCUCUAACUCCUGGUAACCUUGACCUGGCGGGACGUGCUUCCGACGCCAUCUUCAGAACUGUGCCAGGCACACGUUUUGAACCUUAAGCCACAUCCCUUCUCUGUUGGCAUCCAAAAAGCAAAGUCAAUGCCCAAUCGACAGCCACCGAUGGUAGCGAAUCCGACAUCUUGACGCCCUCGCGCUGUCGAUCGACGCGAAAUCGCUG